UUUUUUUCUUUUUUCUUUAUCUCUUUUAUUUUAUAUGAUGCAAUCACAUAUAUUUAAUAAACCAUUAAGAGCUAUUUGGAAUGCAGGAAAUAAUCCAACUGAAACAUUAUGGUGGCCUGUAAAACCUUCUCUAUCUAACUCUUCCAACUCAAAAACUGUCUUAUUCUUCAUAUGUGGAAAUCCUGGUUUAGUAGAAUAUUAUACUGACUUUUUACAAACUAUUCAUGAACAAACAAUCCAUUUUCCUUUAGAAAUCAUUGGUGUAUCACACUUGGGUCACUCUAUAGGUCAUCAUACGUCAACAGUUAAUCGUGUCUAUGGUCUUCAGGAACAAAUUGAUCACAAGAUAGCAUGUUUUGAUCAAUUAAGAAAAGAAAAUGAGUCUGAUACUCAAUAUAUUUUGAUGGGUCAUUCAGUUGGAUCUUAUAUAUGUGCUGAAGUCUUAAAAAAACGUCAACAUCAUAAUAUCACUCGAUUGAUUGCAUUAUUCCCUACUCUUCGUGAAAUUGCCCUGACUCCAAAUGGUGUGAACAUUACUCGAUUAGUAUCCAAUGUACCUCUAUCACUUAUUUCUGGUGUGGCUGGGUUGGCAAGUUUAAUUCCUUCUCCUAUACGACAAUCUCUUACUGGUUUGAUCACUGGACAAAAAAAUCAAAGUUUAAAAGUGACAGCUCAUGGACUUUUACAUCGAUCUGUAGUUCAAAAUGCUCUUUACAUGGCAAAACAAGAAAUGGAAAUUAUUAAAGAAUUAGAUGAAGAUUUUUAUUCAACUCAUGUGGAUCGAUUCAUUAUGUAUUAUUCUCGAAAUGACGAAUGGGCUCCUUUGGAUCAUUAUGAAUAUAUGACUGAAAAAUUCCCUAGUGGUAUGAUUUUUAAUCUAUAUAAUCAAUUGAAAUUCAUUGUAUUUGUUUUUUUUUAUUUUUAGCCAAUGUCCAACUAUGUGCUGAAGAUAUCCCUCAUGCGUUUAUUCUUGGUAUGCAGAAGAAUAACCUUUUAUAGUAUAUGAUUUGUUAUUUUUUUCUCAUUUUUUUUUUCUUUUUUUGGUCAUUAGAGGAAAAACAUUCAAACUACAUGGCAAACAAAGUAGUAGAAUGGAUAACUACAAGUCAAAUCAAAGAAUAGUCCCUCCGUUGUUAUGGUACUUAUAAUCUAGAUAGAUUAUACACGUUGUAUUUUUCUACAUUGUAGUUAUAUGAUUGAAUUUAAAUUUAUACAGUACAAAUAAAAAAUGCAACUGUUCUCAAACCUCCAAAAGAAA